CAAACUGGUCAUCUGUGAAUGACUGAGAAGGCAAGGUAACGAUGAACCUAUAGUACUAGGAUGUAAGAGGAAUAAGGGCGUACAGAGGAAAAGUUGUUGUUUUACUCUUGGUCUUUUUGUUGUUUUAUAUUUAUUCUGUUAUAUACCUGGCAAAGGAACCGAACACCCAUUUUUAUAACAUGCAGGCCUACGUCACUUUGGCUGAAAAAAAGAGAUUAGUGUAAUAUAAAAACGGACACAAGAAAAACACUGAUAGGAAAUUUGAGAAUAAAACCCAUUAAUUGACAAAGCUGAUUUUGGACACAUAUACAAUGGAGAGGAAGUCAUGCUGGUCCCUAAACCUGUGUUUAAUAAUAUUUCUGAUCAUGGGCCUGGUUGGAUAUAUACACUUUAAAAAGGAAUUGGUGAGCACAUUAACAAAUGAAGUAGAGUUCUCAGAGGCAGAAGUGAGAGAAAAAGAUAUGGAUAUAAAAAAUUAUGGCUUAGCAGUUGAACACACACAGAAGGAAUUUGACGACGUGGACAAGGAAGUCAAGGAACUUCAGGAUGAGGUCGGGAAGUUGAACUCUGCUAAGGAGGAAAAGGACAAAGAAGUUAAAGCGUGCACGGAUUCAAAGGCGGCGUUGAGUACCGACAUUGCAGCCGUGGAGAAGGAGAAGAGUGAGAUUGAGGGUGAAAAGACAAAAUGGGUCGAGGAAAUUAAUGGUCUUAAACAGAAGAUCGAGAACCAAAGUCCAGUCUGUGCUUUUGUGAAUAUCACCUCAGAAGUCCUACAGAAAGAACCUACCAUGAAGGAUCUUUGCGCUCAAAAUGCAGUUGAAGUUAAAGUGUGAAAGAACAACAGCAGCCUGAUUUCAAGACAGCGUUUUAUAACAGGAAUUCUAAAUUAUUUCUAAAAUUAAGCAGAUUACAUAAUUGAAAAAGUUUUUUCUGAAAGGAAAGUCUUGUCUUUUAGACAGGUUAGCACCCAUCUGACAGCUUAAAAAUGAUGGAUUUAUACUGAACUAUAUGCAUGUAACCUUUCUGAUGUAACCUUCCAAAUUUUUAUUUUAUAAAAUUAUUGAUUACCUGCUAUAAAUUGGUUGAUAUAUUGUUGGUAAACUGUAAACUGCUUUGAAUAAAAGCAUCUGCUAAAUGUGUAUGUUAAUGUAUGGAGAAAACCAAAGACGUUUUACCUUGAAUCAUUUUUUUUUUGUUAAAAACAUUGGAUUUGAUUAAAGUGUAACAUCACAAUUGAUUUAUAUAAUGAAAAACCAAUGCACUAAUCAAUGAAAAUACAAGAAAAAAAAAAGCUGCAAUGUAAAGAGCCACAUAUGUUUUUGUUGAACGUGUGCUUUGGAUGAAGGCUGAAUCAUUUUUCAUGCCAAAGGCAUAUUUUGAUAUGACUUGAAUAAAACGUUUUAUUUCAGAGACA